AUUGAAAUGAAGAGUGUGCCACCUCUCUUUUUAACUUUUAGUCUUGUGCAGAAGAACAGAAGAGUCUUAAAUACUGCGUUAGGAGAGGACACCCACAGACCACUCUCUCAGUCAGCUGAAGGAAAGAGCUGGGUCAUUGGCAGUGUACCAGGUUCUAAGGAAACCCCAGUACAACAGUAGAUUUGGCAGUGAAGAAGGACUGCUCUGUAUUUCCAUGCAUGAGAGAGGAGUCAUCUUCAAUCACAACUACUUCGCUAAAGAAAGAUACUCAAGGACAAGAAUCGGACAGGGCUGGAAAAAGCAAGCAGGUGCACCUGGAGGAGAUCCUGAUGGAGGUGCUCAUCAGGGCUCCGCGCAACGCCACGGACAUCGCCGGGAGCGCCGUGUCCGGGGCCACGGCCGCUCUGCUGCUCCUGCUCUUCCUGCUCCUGCUGGCCUGGAGGCGCUCGGACACGUCCCCCGUGCCAGGACCCCCGUUCUGCCUGGGCGUCGGCCCCCUGCUCUCCUACUUCAGAUUCAUCUGGACCGGCAUCGGCACCGCCAGCAACUACUACAACGAGCGAUAUGGCGACAUCGUCCGAGUGUGGAUAAACGGGGAGGAGACGGUGAUCUUAAGCAGGUCAUCGGCAGUGUACCAGGUCCUAAGGAAACCGCAAUACAUCAGUAGAUUUGGCAGUGAACAGGGACUGCGCUGUAUUGGCAUGCAUGAGAGAGGAGUCAUCUUCAACAACAACAUAGACCUCUGGAGGAAAUUGCGCACCUACUUCACCAAAGCUCUCACAGGGCCCGGGCUGCAGGGCACGGUGGCCAUCUGUGUCAGCUCCACAGAUGGGCACCUGGACCAGCUGCAGGACUACACCACCCCUGCGGGACAGGUGGACAUCCUGAGCCUGCUACGCAGCACCAUCGUGGACAUCUCCAACAGGAUGUUCCUCAGGGUGCCCCUCAACGAAAAGGAGCUGCUGGUUAAAAUUCAGAAGUAUUUUGAAACCUGGCAGUCAGUACUGAUCAGGCCAGACUUCAUGUUCAAAUUUGAGUGGAUGUACAGAGAACACAAGGAAGCAGUCCAGGGGCUGCAGGACGAGAUGGAAAUACUGGUGGAGAAGAAACGCAAAGCUCUCCAGGAGGCAGAGAAGCUGGACCAGACUGACUUUGCCACUGAUUUAAUAUUCGCUCAGAACCACGGCGAGCUGUCGGCAGACAACGUGCGGCAGUGCAUACUGGAGAUGAUCAUUGCCGCCCCGGACACCAUGUCUAUCAGCCUGUUCUUCAUGAUCAUGCUGCUCAAACAGCACCCAGAGGUGGAGCGGGAGAUCCUCAAGGAGCUGGACACGGUGAUCGGGGACAGGAAGGUGGACAACAGCAACAUACAGCACCUAAGCACCAUGGAGAGCUUCAUUAACGAGUCCCUGCGCUAUCAUCCAGUGGUGGAUUUCACCAUGAGGAAAUCCUUAGAGGACGAUGUCAUCGAAGGCUACAAGGUUUCCAAGGGAACCAACAUUAUCCUGAAUGUGGGGCGUAUGCACAAAAGUGAAUUCUUCACCAAGCCCAAUGAAUUCAGAAUAGAGAACUUUGAAAAAAACGUGCCCAACCGCUUCUUCCAGCCUUUCGGCUCCGGGCCGCGCUCAUGUGUGGGAAAGCACAUCUCCAUGGUGAUGAUGAAAGCCAUUUUGGCAACGCUGUUGUCACGGUAUACUGUUAGCCCCUGCAACGGCCGCACCCUCAGCAACAUCCGCCAAACCAACAACAUGUCGCAACAGAUAGUAGAGGAUAACAGCAAUAUCUCCAUGAUGUUCACACCCAGAUGCACACAGUAAAGACAGAGUAUGGCUCGCAUUGCUUCUGUUCAUCCAUGUUGUAGCAAAAAUUGUUUUGUUAUUUGACAUUUUUAUAUUGUACAGUUUCGUUUUUAAUGUUUAAGUGUAGAAAUGCUACCUUGAUAUUGUUUUUUUAUAUUUUGUGGUUGGCUAUUUGAGUAACCUUUUGGCUUCGCAGGCACUAAAAUGCUUAAUCUGUUUAAACAUUUUGGAGUAUCACAGACAGACUGAUAUAAUAGCACUUUGUUCCUACCUGUAACCCAAAAGUAAAACAAUUAUUGACAGUAAAA